AUGUGUCGUCGGUCCAAGCACCUGCGUACAGAAACCGUGUCUUUCACAUUCAAGGGAAUAGAUGUAACAGUCACUGUCACCGAACUAUUGACACUAGAAGCCGGAGUGCAGCUGGAGCAAGCGCUGUUGAGCAUAGUCGAGGAAAUCCAAUCUCGGGCACCAGGCAAGCCUGACACGGUCGGUGGAGCUGCUGACAGUGUUUCUUUGGCUCGCGCGUCGAUUUUGCAGCCUUUGACUGUCGCAAUGGGACAGUUACGAAUUGCUGGAGACGCCCCAAGCGGUGCCUCUGGUCCCAGUACACUCGAGCAAGGCACCGAUCUCUCGGGAAGUGGCGGACCCCAAGUGGCCCAACUGGGAGUCGGUUCUAAUGGGGGCAAUUAG